AUGGAUUGCAAUGAAAACCAAAACGAUAAUAUUAGGAAAAUUGAAGACAUUAUAGAGAUACAAAGAGCGAAGGGUAACUUUAAUGUCCGGCAAGUUGCUUUUGAUUUGCCUUGGGAGACGGACAGCACAGUAUCAACAAGUUUAACUAAGAGUCUAGAAUCAGGUUUGUCUAAAGAAAAAUGUAAAACUGGGCAUAAAAAUAUUAAAAAAAUGAGAUCAAAACGGCUGAAGUGUCCCCUCCCUGAUGUGGUAUCCUGGCCGAGCGACUCUGAUAUCACAGUGCUACGGAUGAAACUAGACCAGACGAACAGGGAGUUGAAGAACAAGGUGAGGACAGUUGUUCCAGGGGACGGCUCUCAUCAACCUGACAGUUCAUCUAUGGUCAACCUAGCAACGCUUAUACUCCAAUCACAGUCUCCAUCUAAACAUAGCUUGAACGUGGAAGAAUAUUUACUUCCUCUAACAUCUUGGGAACAUUGCCAAGAUCAUGUAGAAAAAUUACCAGACGAGGAGAGACAGUUAGAAACACUUCCGGUUAUACUGGACAGUGAUAAAACAAAUUUGAAUAAGUCAUUACGCAUUCAAGAAGAUUACAACGUUUAUAUGAGUUCACGCGACAGUGAUUAUUCGAAAAAUACUAGAAAAUCAAAAAUGGCAAGGUUUCUGAGGCUUUACUUUUGUCCAUGUUGCACUUGCCUUUAUAGAUUGGAGAAAAUGCAAGAUGAACCGUCAUUGCCUUGUUUUACAAAUCAAAAAGAAAGUAUAAACGUUUUUUAG